UCCCUCGUCUCUUCCACUGGACUUGCGCGAGCACGGCUUCUGGCACGUUCCAACUGCAGCAACCUCUCAACUACCGGGAUGGGGCCCGUGUCCAGCCUUGUGAUGGGAAACACAGCGAGGACUUGUAUGAGCCGGCCACUGGCCGCGUUAUUGGCAAGUGCCUCUUCUCUGGAGAGAAGGAGGUGGAUCUGGCUGUUCAGAAUGCACAAGCUGCAUUUAAAAUAUGGAGCCAGAAAUCAGGCAUGGAACGGAGCAGCACGCUCUUGAAGGCUGCCAGGAUCAUCCAGGAGCAGAGGGAAGAAAUUGCUACCAUGGAAACAAUCAAUAAUGGGAAGCCCAUCUUUGAAGCCCGGAUGGAUGUUGACACCUCUUGGCAGUGUCUGCAGUAUUAUGCUGGCUUAGCUGGCUCUAUCGCAGGUCAGCACACCCAGCUGCCCGGAGGGUCCUUCGCUUACACCAGAAGAGAACCGCUGGGCGUGUGUGUGGGGAUCGGUGCCUGGAACUACCCUUUCCAGAUCGCCUGUUGGAAAUCAGCCCCCGCCUUGGCUUGUGGGAACGCCAUGGUCUUCAAGCCGUCUCCGUGCACCCCCAUCUCUGCCGUGAUGCUGUCCGAGAUCUACAGCCAGGCGGGCGUCCCCAGAGGGCUCUUCAGCGUGGUGCAGGGGGGGGCUGCCACUGGCCAGUUCCUGUGCCAGCACCCCAGUGUGGCCAAGGUCUCUUUCACUGGCAGCGUCUCCACAGGCAUCAAGAUUAUGGAGAUGGCAUCCCAUGGGGUCAAGCCCGUGACUCUGGAGUUAGGGGGCAAGUCACCCCUCCUCGUCUUCUCUGACUGUGUCCUGGAGAAUGCGGUGAAAGGAGCCCUCAUGGCCAAUUUCCUCAGCCAAGGCGAGGUUUGCUCCAAUGGAACACGGGUGUUCGUACAACGGGACAUCCUGCAUGCCUUUACCAAGGAAGUGGUGACACAGACCCAAAAAAUAAAAAUUGGAGAUCCUCUGCUGAAUGACACCAGGAUGGGGGCGCUUAUUAACCACCCCCACCUGAAGAGGGUGCUGAGUUUUGUUGCACAAGCCAAGGAGCAGGGUGCGGAGGUGCUAUGCGGAGGAGAAGCGUAUGUACCAGAUGACCCCAAGCUGAGCAGUGGCUUCUACAUGUCUCCCUGUGUGUUAGGAAACUGUGAAGACAGCAUGACCUGCGUGAAGGAGGAGAUCUUUGGGCCUGUGAUGUCAAUCCUACCCUUCGAUACGGAGGAGGAGGCCCUGGGAAGAGCCAACAGCACCUGUUUCGGCCUGGCAGGGGGCGUCUUCACCAGGGAUCUCCAGCGGGCUCACCGGGUGGUGGCUGGUCUCCAGGCGGGGACGUGCUUCAUCAACAAUUACAACGUCACUCCUGUCGAGCUGCCCUUUGGAGGAUACAAGAUGUCAGGGUUUGGCCGAGAGAAUGGCCGAGCAGCGAUUGCUUAUUAUUCUCAGCUGAAGACUGUCUACGUGGAGAUGGGCAAUGUGGAAUCGGUGUUUUAGGGUCCUGGGCCCAGCCAGCUGUCUGC